AUGUUACCCCUUGUCACCUCUUUCGCCCUACUCGCUCUCUUACAAGUUACCUAUGCUGCCACAGCCAACGACUGGCGUUCUCGAUCUGUCUAUCAAGUUGUCACCGACCGUUUCGCUGCCAACAACAAUCCACCAUGCGAUCUCAGUGCCAAGAAAUACUGCGGUGGUACAUAUCCCGCUAUCCAGGCUAAACUCGACUAUAUACAAGGCAUGGGAUUUGACGCUGUGUGGAUUUCACCUACGGCGAAACAAAUAGGGCCGACACCGUACGGAGAUCCUUAUCAUGGAUAUUGGCCAGUAGAUUGGACCCAAAGCAAUACUCAAUUCGGAAGCGAUGAUGAUCUGAAAGCUCUCUCAGCCGAACUUCACAGACGCGGCAUGUACCUCAUGGUCGAUCUUCCCGUCAAUGCCGCCGCUUCCCUUUCCACAGAUAUCUCAGCUGCCGCCCUUGCUGCCGACGACGGAGGUACCUUGUUAUUCAAGAAUACGGCAAACUAUCACCCGGCUAUGAACAUAAAUUAUGGGAAUCACACCUCGGAACAGUUCGGUUGGCUCUCUACCAGCGCUGUGGCCCUGAUGGACCUCGCGAAUGAGACACCGGCAGUAGCCAACGUUCUCAACCAAUGGGUGUCUGGUUACGUCAAACAAUUCCAGAUCGAUGGGUUUCGUUUAGAUGCCAGUAAACAUAUGGGCCUUCCAUUCCAGAACGCACUAUGUAAAGCCGCUGGUAUUCUUUGCAUGGGAGAGAUAUAUGGGAGUGACGUCAAUUACGCAUGCAGCUUUCAAGGUUCUCAGGGGAUAGAUUCUGUUGAAGGCUUUGGGCUCAUGUACGGUCUCACCGGUUGCUUUGGAGACAAUCCGAAGAGCAUGAACACUCUUUUCUACUACAUCAACGAGACCAACAGCUACUGCCCGGACCCUACCGCCACAUCCGUUUUCCUCGACAAUCAAGAUCUUGCUCGUGUAUUCUCAUUCACCUCGGAUUCUCAGAGAGCUUUUAACAUGAUCACCGGCAUGAUGCUCACCGCUGGUUUUCCCACUGUUUACUACGGAACCGAACAAGAACUCAAUCAAGGCAAAUAUGAUCCCUUCAACCGAGAGGCUUUAUGGCAGACAGGUUACUCGACCACUACCGCUACUUACAAGAAUUUCGCUUUGCUCAACACCAUCCGCAAGCAUCUGGGGAGGAAGAGCGCAAGCUUCUGGACGACAGCGACUCAUGUGAUCGCUACGCAGACUCAGGACAUAGCUUGGACCCGACCAGGCUGUUUAGUAGUGUUGACCAACCGUGGGGCGUCCGGUACAGGUACUUGGACAGUGAAGAACACUGGGUUGGGUAAUUCACAAAAUGUCAUCGACCUUCUAUCAUGCGCGACGGCCAAAACGGGAGCUGACGGAUCACUGGUCAUCGUUUGGAAAAACGGUCAGCCAUACAUUUGGGUGACGCUCAGUACCGCCGCAGGUUCGGGGUUGUGUGGUACCAGUGGAAACCUGGCCGUCGAAUCGACCGGAUCGCUCUCCUCAUCCUCUGAUUCAUCUUCUUGGUCUACCAUCUCAUCAGCAACAACUUCGUCUAUCUUCUCUACGUCCUCAGCAAGUGAUAGCGAUCUCACUGUCAAUCCUACCCCCUCAACAUUAAGCGACCAGUGGAGCGAUACGUCGAGUCCUUCGUCACCUUCGUCUUCUUCCUGGUGGUCAUCGGCGGAUACCGGUGCUCCGACUACCUCCUCAACAUCUGGGUCUACAGGAACAACGGGAACAACCGACCCUAAUGGACAAGGAGGAAACGGAGGUCAAGGAGGUCAGGACGAUGUUAACACGGGCGCUUCUCCAUCGUCGCACAGUAGUGCAACUGGGACUGGUAAGGUGACAACGAGCACCGGCGGAAGUGGUGGAAGCGGAAACUCAGGGACUGGUUCUCUGACUGGAGGUGCUUGUGGACGAACACAAAAGUGGCUGGUGUUGACCAUCUUGUCGAUAUUGACCGCGGUUAUGAUGAUUGCUUGAUAAGUCAUGAUACGAGCACGAGGAAACGAGGACAAUAAUUC